AUGAACUCACAGCCAACUCCCCUGCUCUGCAUCACCACUCUGUUCUUACUUCUCCUCACUACUACACACACUUCCUCGGCCGACCCUGAACCGCUGCAGGACUUCUGCGUGGCGGACCUACAAUCCACCACAACCAUCAACGGUAAAUUUCCGACAGGCUUCCCUUGCAAGCCCGCGUCGCAGGUAACCUCCGACGACUUCUUCUUCUCCGGGUUCACGAACGAGGCGAACACGUCGUCCAACGACUUCGGCUCGUUCGUGACCCCGGGCAACGUCGAGGCCUUCCCGGGGCUCAACACCCUGGGGAUCUCGAUGAACCGGGUCGACAUCGCGCCCGGCGGAAUCAACCCUCCCCACCACCACCCGCGGGCCAGCGAGGCCGGGGUGGUGGUCCAGGGGCAGGUCCUGGUCGGGUUCGUGACCACGGCCGGGGUGUACCACUCGAGGGUGCUGGCUGCGAGCGAGAUGUUUGUGAUCCCCAGAGGUUUGGUUCAUUUUCAGCUGAAUGUUGGGAUUGAGAAGGCAAUUUUGAUCACUUCGUUUAAUAGCCAGCUGCCUGGUUCUGUGGUUGCUCCCUUGGCGCUGUUUGCUGCUGAGCCUUCUGUUCCUGACAGAGUGCUGGCCAAAUCGUUCCUUGUUGGGGAGGAUGUUGUUAGAAGCAUCAAGGCUAAGUUCAUCAGGUGA